UAAGAAAAAGGCACAAGCAGAAAAGCAAAAAGAAACGCUCACUUCCACUCAUACUUCGUGUCUCCAACUCCACACAGCAAAAAGAAAAGCAUCGUUUUUGCCGAUUCUGUUCGAGGAGGAAAUAGGGCUUUUCUUGAUUGUUUUGCAAGAUUACUCAGGGGGUACAUGGAGGUUUCAAAUUUCGAAACGAAUAUUCAAGCUCGAUUAGGUAUCGUUAAUCUGAAGGAGGAGGAUAAGGAUGUGGUUCUAGAGCAGAAGCACGCAAUUGACUGGGUCUACAGAGGCGAAGGAGCUGCUAAUCUUGUUCUCGCAUACACCGGAUCAUCUCACUCGUUUAUAGGGAAAGUAAUGCGGAUACCGAAGGCGCCGAGGAACGGAUCGCCGCACAUGAGGAGUCCGACGGCGUUGAGCACGCACGAACGGCUACUUUGGAGAGACGUCGACGGCAUCGUAUCGUCCCCAAACAAAGAAAUUGCUGCACAAUUUUACGUGCAGCACGUCAUGGUCCCUCUCUUGGGUUCCGAACAUGUUGAUGCCGGGAUGCGUGUCCUUGUGUCCAGGGAGUUCCUGGACUCGGUUGAGAAAAAUGUUAUAUGUCAGCGUCCUGCUUGGCGAGUUGAUGCUGCCAAGGUUGAUACGGAUCGCGAUUCUGUGCUUCUCCUAACUGAUCAUUCGCUUUUUCCUGGCGGUACUCUCAACAGUCGAUCCUGUGUAUCUGUUGAAAUAAAGCCCAAAUGUGGAUUUCUCCCUUUUUCAAGAUUCAUAUCGGACAGAAAUGCCAUUAAACGGAGCAUUACUCGAUUUAGAAUGCACCAGGCCUUGAAGUUGCAUCAAGGAGAGAUAUCAGAAUUAAGCGAAUAUGAUCCCAUCGAUCUGUUCUCUAAGUGCAAGGACAGGAUAGAUAAAGCUAUUAUCAGUCUCUUUAACACCCCUCAGAAUAAUUUCAGGGUAUUCUUGAAUGGUUCUCUCAUAUUUGGGGCCUUGGGUGCUGGUGCGAACAGUACUAGUUUUGUGAUUAGUGAAGCAUUUGAAGAUGCACUCAAGUCUGUCAUCUGGGCAGAUAAUAACACGCGUACAAUGAAUUUCCUACAGCUUGUUUCUGAGACAGUUUAUAAGUCUGGAGUACUGGAUCAGCUUCUUGAGAUCCAGAAGCUUGAUAAUUUUGACAUAGAAGGAGCGGUUCAUGCAUAUUAUGACAUCAUAUAUGAGUCUUGUCCAGUAUGCAGAGAAUCUGGUGGAGACAAAGUUUCACAGAUAUAUACAUCUUUGCAUUCCAUUCCUUUGGAUGAAAGCUUGAAGAUUGUAAAGGACUAUUUGAUAGCGGCAACUGCAAAAGACUGUAGUCUAAUAAUUAGUUUUAGACCAAGUGAAGAUGGUUAUUCAGGAUCUCCAUAUAAUAAAAUACACCUAGAGGCAACCAACCAAAUCUUUGAUUACAAGGCAUCUUUCAUUGACCUAGAUUUGAAACCGUUGAAGAAGAUGGAAGACUAUUAUGAGUUAGACAAGAAGAUUGUGAACUGCUACACUCAUAUGGUGGAAGCAGAAAGAAGCAUAAAGGCUAAUACGACUUAAAGAAACUCAACUUAAUGCAUGGAGGAUAAUUCUGACUGAGGAUUCUACUGAGAACAUUAUACUGAAGCAGCAGUUAACCCGACGCUAGAGUGAUGGAAGACUGUGAGCUCUGUUCGAGAAGUCCUGAUAUUUUAAUCAGCUUAGUGGAAUGAUUUUGCGGUCCAAUUAUGUUUGCCUGCAGCUUUGCUGAAACACGUGCUCAACAACUAGCUCCUGAGCAGUGAAAAGAAAACUGUGGUGUCAGUGGAACUGCUCUGUUCGAAGUGCAGGCAGAAGGUAAUGAAGGUAAUUGCAACAAUAGAAGGAAUAACUUCUAUAGUGCUUGACCCUUCAAAGAGUACGGUGACAGUAAUUGGAGAAGCUGAUCCAGUGACAAUCAUCAAGAAGGUCAGAAAAUUCAGAAAAUCUGCCACAGUAGUCAGUGUAGGUCCUCAAAAAGAAGAGAAGAAGGAUGAGAAGAAAGACGUUCUUCUUUAUACACCAAAGGCAUGUCAGAGAUGCGAUGUGUGGUAUGUUAUUGCUGAAGAUUAUUACAAUUAUUGUUCCAUUAUGUAACCAAAUCAAGCAAGUCACUUUUUCUCGAAUCCUUUGUGUUUACUGUUCGUUCCUUUGCAUGUAUUUCGUGCUGCAAGAUGUCAUUAUUGGGAGGAAAAAAAAAUACCUUCUCUUUUACAGUAAUUUUAUGAGAACUAUUACAUACAUAAAAAUAUUAUACAAAGUAAACCUA